UCGGACUGCCCGGCACCUCCCACGGGUUCGUCCCGUUCUCGGACAUUGUACGCGGGGGCGGAGGAUCACAGACAUGAGCCGAGCCACACUUUUCCCAGGUGUUAGGCCACAAAGUGAUGACCACUUCUGGUGAUUUCUCUUUCUUGUUUCUUAUUGCAUGGAUCACUGAUUGAAUAAGAGAUGGCUUUACCUCGUCUCACAGGAGCCUUGCGCUCCUUUUCAAAUGUCACCAAGCAAGAUAAUUAUAAUGAAGAAGUGGCUGACUUAAAGAUGAAGCGAUCUAAACUUCAUGAACAAAUUGUAGGUUUGGACCUGACAUGGAAGAAGAUAGUAAAAUUUUUGAAUGAAAAACUGGAGAAGAGUGAAAUGCAAAGUGUAAAUGAAGACUUAAAAGAUAUAUUGCAGGCUGCAAAACAAAUAGUUGGAAUGGAUAAUGGAAAAGAAGCAAUUGAAAGUGCUGCUGCAUUUCUCUUCAAGACAUUUCACUUGACGGAUUGUGUUGGUCACAAUGAGACAAAGGCUAUCAAGCAGAUGUUUGGUCCUUUUCCAUCAUCAUCUGCCACUGAGGCUUGUAAUGCUACCAAUCGAAUUACUUCUCAUUUUCAUCAAGACAAUCUUGCUGCUCUUGUCCAGACAACAAAAGAGGAAUGUGGUGGUAGAAUUUUAUUUGGUAGUAAUUUAGCAUUUUCAUUUGACAUGCAUGAUUUGGACCAUUUUGAUGAACUGCCAAUAAAUGGUGAACCCCAGAAAACUAUAAGCUUAGAUUACAAGAAGUUUCUGAAUGAACAUUUUCGGGAACAUUCCACCCCAGAGGUCAAACCUGUGGAGAAAACAAAUGACUCCUUUUUGUGGUGUGAAGUUGAGAAGUACUUAAAUGCAACUUUAAAUGAAAUGGCUGAAGCAACAAGAAUAGAAGAUCUUUGCUGUACUUUAUAUGAUAUGCUUGCUUCUGUUAAAAGUGGUGAUGAACUUCAGAAUGAGCUAUUUGAACUGCUGGGACCUGAUGGACUUGAACUUAUUGAGAAGCUCCUUCAGAACAGAAUUACAAUUGUGGAUAGAUUUCUUAAUUCUUCAAAUGAUUUUAAGUUUCAGGCUCUUCAAGACAACUGCAAGAAAAUUUUAGGAGAAAAUGCUAAACCCAAUUAUGGAUGUCAAGUCACUAUUCAUUCUGAACAAGAAAAACAGUUAAUGAAACAGUAUCGUCGAGAAGGAAAAAGAAUUGCUAGACGAGAGAAAAAGGCUGGAGAAGAUGGUGAAGUUUCUGCAGAAGGACUCAUGUGCUUUGAUCCUAAGGAAUUGCGGAUACAAAGAGAGCAGGCACUUCUGAAUGCUAGAAAUGUUCCAAUUCUGAACCGGCAGAGGGACGUGGACUUCGAAAAAAUACGUUACCCCCAUGUUUAUGAUUCCCAGGCUGAAGCCAUGAGAACAUCAGCAUUCAUUGCUGGUGCAAAGAUGAUUUUGCCAGAAGGAAUCCAAAGAGAGAAUACCAAGAUGUAUGAAGAAGUAAAGAUUCCCCACAGUGAACCAAUGCCAAUUGGCUUUGAGGAAAAACCAGUUUAUAUCCAAGACUUAGAUGAGAUUGGUCAGCUGGCUUUUAAAGGAAUGAAGAGACUCAAUAGAAUUCAGUCUAUUGUGUUUGAGACUGCCUACAACACCAAUGAGAACAUGCUGAUUUGUGCCCCUACUGGAGCUGGGAAGACCAACAUUGCAAUGCUUACAGUUUUGCAUGAAAUUCGCCAACAUUUUCAACAAGGUGUUAUUAAAAAGAAUGAAUUUAAGAUUGUAUAUGUCGCUCCAAUGAAAGCCUUGGCAGCUGAAAUGACAAAUUACUUCAGCAAACGUCUAGAGCCACUGGGCAUCGUUGUGAAAGAGUUGACUGGUGAUAUGCAGUUGUCAAAAAGUGAAAUUUUACGGACUCAGAUGCUUGUGACCACACCAGAAAAAUGGGAUGUAGUGACAAGAAAGAGUGUUGGGGAUGUGGCUCUUUCCCAAAUUGUAAAGCUCCUUAUUCUCGAUGAAGUUCAUUUGCUGCAUGAAGACAGAGGACCAGUGUUAGAAAGCAUAGUGGCACGUACUUUACGGCAGGUUGAAUCUACACAGAGUAUGAUAAGGAUUCUUGGACUUUCUGCAACUUUACCCAACUACCUCGAUGUUGCUACAUUUUUACAUGUUAAUCCCUACAUUGGCCUUUUCUACUUUGAUGGCCGUUUUCGACCAGUUCCUCUUGGACAGACAUUUCUGGGGGUUAAAAGUGCAAAUAAGGUGCAACAGUUGAAUAACAUGGAUGAAGUAUGCUAUGAAAAUGUUUUGAAGCAAGUGAAGGCUGGACACCAGGUGAUGGUGUUUGUACAUGCUCGAAAUGCCACUGUAAGAACAGCUAUGUCUCUAAUAGAAAAAGCAAAAAACAAUGGCCAGAUUUCCUGCUUUUUACCUACUCAAGGACCUGAAUAUGGACAUGCAGAAAAACAGGUGCAAAAGUCAAGAAAUAGGCAAGUGCGAGAAUUAUUCCCAGAUGGUUUUAGUAUUCAUCAUGCAGGAAUGCUUCGGCAGGACAGAAAUUUGGUUGAAAACUUAUUUUCUAAUGGGCAUAUCAAAGUCCUAGUCUGUACGGCCACGUUAGCCUGGGGUGUCAAUCUUCCUGCCCAUGCUGUUAUUAUUAAGGGAACACAAAUAUAUGCUGCAAAAAGAGGCUCCUUUGUUGACCUUGGAAUAUUAGAUGUCAUGCAGAUAUUUGGUCGAGCUGGAAGACCACAAUUUGACAAAUUUGGGGAAGGAAUCAUCAUAACAACACAUGAUAAACUCAGCCAUUACCUCACUUUGCUCACUCAACAAAACCCAAUUGAGAGUCAGUUUUUGGAAAGCCUUGCAGAUAACCUAAAUGCAGAGAUUGCUCUGGGAACAGUUACUAAUGUGGAAGAAGCAGUGAAGUGGAUAAGUUACACUUAUCUUUAUGUACGGAUGAGAGCAAAUCCAUUAGUAUAUGGCAUCAGUCACAAGGCUUAUCAGAUGGACCCGUCAUUAGCAAAGCAUCGAGAACAGCUGGUCAUUGAAGUUGGACGAAAACUAGACAAAGCUAGAAUGAUUCGUUUCGAGGAGCGAACUGGAUACUUUUCCUCAACCGAUUUGGGUAGAACCGCCAGCCACUACUAUAUUAAAUACAACACCAUUGAGACCUUCAAUGAACUGUUUGAUGCUCACAAAACAGAAAGUGAUAUCCUUGCUAUAGUCUCCAAAGCUGAAGAAUUUGAUCAAAUCAAGGUCAGAGAAGAGGAAAUAGAGGAGUUAGAUGCCUUAUUAAACAAUUUUUGUGAACUCUCAGCCCCUGGAGGUGUAGAGAAUAGUUACGGGAAAAUAAAUAUCCUACUUCAAACUUACAUCAGCCGAGGUGAAAUGGACAGUUUCUCCCUUAUAUCAGAUUCUGCGUAUGUUGCACAGAACGCUGCUAGAAUUGUCCGUGCUCUUUUUGAAAUUGCUCUGAGGAAACGUUGGCCUGCCAUGACCUACAAGCUCCUGAAUCUUAGUAAAGUCAUCGACAAGAGGCUCUGGGGUUGGGCCAGCCCUUUGAGACAGUUUUCAGUCUUACCACCACACAUUCUAACAAGAUUAGAAGAAAAAAAGCUUACUGUUGAUAAGCUGAAAGACAUGAGGAAAGAUGAAAUAGGUCACAUGCUGCACCAUGUGAAUAUUGGACUCAAGGUCAAACAAUGUGUUCAUCAGAUUCCUUCUGUUACAAUGGAAGCUUCCAUUCAGCCCAUCACACGGACUGUGCUUCGAGUGACUCUCAGUGUCUGUGCUGAUUUCAGUUGGAAUGAUCAGGUCCAUGGGACAGUAGGAGAACCCUGGUGGAUUUGGGUAGAAGAUCCUACAAAUGAUCAUAUUUAUCAUUCAGAGUAUUUUCUAGUUCUUAAAAAACAGGUCAUUAGUAAAGAAGCUCAACUACUGGUAUUUACAAUCCCUAUUUUUGAACCUUUGCCUUCCCAAUACUACAUCCGAGCCGUGUCUGAUAGAUGGUUAGGAGCCGAGGCUGUGUGUAUUAUCAACUUCCAACACCUGAUUCUGCCAGAAAGACAUCCUCCCCAUACAGAGUUAUUGGAUCUUCAGCCUUUACCAAUCACAGCUUUGGGGUGUGAAGCAUAUGAAGCCCUUUACAACUUUAGCCACUUUAACCCUGUGCAGACACAAAUAUUUCAUACACUGUAUCACACAGACUGCAAUGUCCUGCUCGGAGCACCCACUGGAUCAGGAAAGACUGUUGCAGCUGAAUUGGCCAUUUUCAGAGUCUUCAACAAGUACCCUACUUCAAAGGCAGUAUAUAUUGCACCCCUAAAAGCUCUAGUACGUGAAAGAAUGGAUGAUUGGAAAGUUAGAAUAGAAGAAAAACUUGGUAAAAAAGUUAUUGAACUAACAGGGGAUGUGACUCCUGAUAUGAAAUCCAUUGCCAAAGCUGACCUGAUCGUUACCACACCAGAGAAAUGGGAUGGAGUCAGCAGAAGCUGGCAAAACAGGAACUAUGUAAAGGAAGUCACAAUUCUCAUCAUAGACGAGAUCCAUCUGCUUGGGGAGGAAAGAGGCCCUGUUCUAGAAGUCAUUGUCUCUCGAACAAAUUUCAUCUCAUCGCACACAGAAAAACCUGUUAGAAUAGUUGGACUAUCCACUGCAUUAGCUAAUGCCAGAGACCUUGCAGACUGGCUCAAUAUUCGUCAGAUGGGCUUGUUCAACUUCCGACCAUCAGUACGCCCAGUUCCACUGGAAGUUCACAUUCAGGGCUUCCCGGGUCAGCAUUACUGUCCUCGUAUGGCUAGUAUGAACAAGCCUACGUUUCAGGCAAUUAGAAGCCAUUCUCCAGCCAAACCUGUCUUGAUAUUUGUCUCAUCAAGACGUCAAACUCGUCUUACAGCUUUGGAAUUGAUAGCCUUCCUGGCUACUGAGGAAGAUCCAAAGCAGUGGUUGAAUAUGGAUGAAAGAGAGAUGGAGAACAUCAUUGGAACGCUGAGAGAUUCCAACCUGAAGCUUACACUUGCUUUCGGAAUAGGAAUGCAUCAUGCUGGACUGCAUGAAAGGGACCGGAAGACAGUAGAAGAACUCUUUGUAAACUGUAAAGUUCAGGUUCUUAUUGCUACAAGUACAUUAGCCUGGGGUGUAAACUUCCCAGCUCAUUUAGUAAUUAUUAAAGGAACAGAAUAUUAUGAUGGCAAAACAAGACGUUACGUGGAUUUUCCCAUUACAGAUGUUCUCCAGAUGAUGGGACGUGCUGGGAGGCCUCAGUUUGAUGACCAAGGCAAAGCUGUAAUUCUGGUUCAUGACAUAAAGAAAGACUUUUACAAAAAAUUUCUUUAUGAACCAUUCCCAGUAGAAUCAAGUUUACUAGGAGUGCUGUCUGACCAUUUAAAUGCAGAGAUCGCUGGUGGUACAAUAACAUCUAAGCAAGAUGCAAUGGAUUAUAUCACCUGGACUUACUUUUUCCGACGUCUUAUCAUGAACCCCAGCUACUACAAUUUGGGUGAUGUGAGCCAUGAUUCUGUGAACAAGUUUCUGUCCUUUCUGAUUGAGAAGUCUCUGGUUGAAUUGGAGCAUUCCUAUUGUAUUGAAAUUGGAGAGGAUAACCGGAGCAUUGAACCUCUGACAUAUGGCCGAAUUGCCUCUUAUUACUAUUUGAAGCACCAAACAGUUAAAAUGUUCAAGGAGCGUUUGAAACCUGAAUGCAGUACCGAAGAACUGCUUUCAAUUCUAAGUGAUGCAGAAGAAUACACAGAUUUGCCAGUAAGGCACAACGAAGAUCACAUGAACAGUGAACUGGCAAAAUGUCUUCCCUUCGAAUCAAAUCCUCACUCAUUUGACAGCCCUCACACCAAAGCACAUCUCCUGCUGCAGGCGCAUCUCAGCCGAGCCAUGCUGCCCUGCCCAGAUUACGAUACUGAUACCAAGACAGUCUUGGACCAAGCUCUCAGAGUGUGUCAGGCAAUGCUUGAUGUGGCUGCAAAUCAGGGCUGGCUGGUGACUGCCCUAAACAUCACCAGUCUGGUUCAGAUGGUGAUCCAAGGCCGGUGGCUAAAAGACUCUUCUCUUCUCACAAUACCAAACAUAGAACACCACCAUCUUCACAUUUUCAGGAAAUGGAGCCAAAGUAUAAAGGGCCCCCGUGCGGGCUGCCAUGGCUUCAUCGAGUGCCUUCCUGAGCUGAUCCAUGCCUGUGGAGGGAAGGAGCAUGUAUUCAGCUCCAUGAUAGAAAAUGAGCUACCGGCCCCAAAAAUGAAGCAGGCAUGGAAUUUUGUAAAUCACUUGCCAGUGAUAGAUGUUGGCUUAAGCGUCAAAGGCUGGUGGGAUGACUCCAUGGAAGGACACAGUGAACUUUCUAUCACAACUCUGACUUCAGACAAACGAAAUGACAACAGAUGGAUCAAAUUGCAUGCUGAUCAAGAGUAUGUGCUGCAAGUCAGCUUGCAGAGAACCCACUUCGGGUCCCACAAGGGAAAGCAAGACAGCCAUGCAGUUGCCCCUCGGUUUCCCAAAUCAAAAGAUGAAGGAUGGUUUUUGAUAUUAGGAGAAGUGGAUAAGAGAGAACUUAUUGCUUUGAAAAGAGUAGGGUAUGUUCGAAAUCAUCAAGUCGCUUCCAUCUCUUUUUAUACCCCUGAAGUACCUGGAAGGUAUAUCUACACCCUGUAUUUCAUGAGCGACUGCUACCUGGGCCUGGACCAGCAGUAUGACAUUCAUCUCAACGUCACACCAGCAAGCGUUUCUGCAGAAGUCAACGAGGAGAUCUCCGACGCCUUGACCGACCUGAAAGUGAAGUAACCUGACCCCAGCAGUUAUCUGAAAGAAGCCGUGAAGGAGUCUGGCUGCUUAGUCACCUAGACAGAGUCGAAUUACUUGAUGUUUGCCUUGGUGGAAUCAACUUCUAACCUCAAGACACCCGGGAAAUUGACAGUGGCUGCAGUCAAUUUCAACACAAGUUAACUGCAGUGGCCUUUUAACAAAUGUUGCCUUUUAUAAUGUUGUCUUCAUGGAUUUUCUGAUAUGUAAAGUCAAUACUCCUGUAGGAGAAUCGAUUUGUGUAUAUUGAGAUUAUUAUAUGGGAAUUAUCCAUCAAAUUUUACAUUGCACAGUGUACUGUUUACAAGAAUAUUAGCUUCUUUUUUUUCUAAGGAGAAACUACACUGAGGCAAGGCAGUGUAACUGAUUCCUAACCCUGCAGUGUAAACUACGUAAGCGACCUCUAUGAUGGCACACAGUGUGUCUUCCUGGCAAAACGUAUACCUUGCCCUGUGUAGAAAUAAUUUCAAGAAUAUCUUAUAGUCAUACGUGUUAAUAUAUGAGAUAAAAUCACAUCACAGAGCUCAGUGAUGAAAAUAGAGUAUUCUGAUGUUAGAAAAUAUAGAUCCUGUAACUAGUGGAAAUAAAAUAUUUAGAUUGCCACUCCAAGA